AUGGCGCAGCGAUUCACGCCUCCAAUGUGGAUGGGCUACCCACAAGGCGGGCAUUCCUGGACCACCUUCUCCGAAUACCCUUCACCAACGGGGCUUCAUCGAGAAAGUGUCGCCUUUUAUCUCAGCUGGCACACAUUUGGGCUUCUCGAGGCUGUAUUUGGCAGAAACGUCGAGGAGUCCCAAUUGCUGGAUGCGCCCGUCCACGGCCAAGUCCAGAUGAAACUGGACAGGGUCCAACCAAUGCUGAUCCGAUGGGCCGUCGCCAUGUCCAACCUGAGAAAUGAUGAUGGUGAGGGUAGCGUUCGCGACCACCUCAUCUAUACAGCGGCAACCCAGCGGGCUGCGUACAACCAGUUCAUGGGCCUCGUGGCGAGGAGAUAUUUCGGCUAUCCCGGUUCUGAGCACCUCGAGAUCUGUCGCCUGGUCAAUUACGCGGCCUGCCUCGGAGAGGCGUUUUGGAUCAUCACAAAGGGACUGUUCAACCGCUUUCUCGGCCCGAACACGAUCCCUCGCCACCUUCAAUGGGCCAGCGCUCCGCCUCUACACGACGACUCAAUGUUCCACGCCGUGGUCGCCGACGGCUGGUGCCCAUCGACCAUCAACUAUAUGCUAUCCAGGGCCACGUUGGCCACCGUCCGGCUUGCACUCUUGCGUGGGCCCCUGUAUGAGGAGCAACAUCCGGAUUGCACCGGCACGAAAUGCGCACUGGCUCACGUUGACACUGAGCAUUAUGUGACCCGACACACUCUUGAAGGUUGCGUCUGCUCCUUUGUCGGCCCGGACAUGAGCCGCAUCGCCGAGCUGCUUCGACAGGAAAUAUUCCGGUCAUCUCCGCCGCGUCAAGCGAGAGCCGCAGCGAUCCGGUAUCCCUCUCGGUCCUUGAUGGAUCCCGUACGGAAUAUGUUGCCUUCUCUCACGUGUGGGCCGAUGGGCUCGGCAGCACAACGGAGGUUGGGCUCCCCCUCUGCCAACUAA